AUGGAUUGGUCAUGUUGCACUUGGUCUUAUUACUGUGAGGGAGGAAAAGAUAAAUGGUUGGAAUAUACAUAUAAAGUCACUUCUCCUCUUAAUAGAUUUUUCAUUCACAUUAAACUUGGAUUCAUGAUUCGCUUAUGUAUAUCAGGAAUCUAUUUCCUAAUGGAAAGUUUUUCAAUUGGUUAUGAUCUUAACCUUAUGAUUGUUAGGGGAGUGAUGUUGAGUCCAAAUCAACCUGUCAUUCUUCACAUGCUUGAUAUUCCUCCUGCAGUUGAGUCAUUGAAUGGAGUCAAGAUAGAGUUGCUUAAUAGUGUAAUGGUAGUAGAGUUAGGCGGAACGUUGGUGGCUGUAGAGUUUGGCACUAUGUGUAUGCUGAUGUUGUUGAGGCAUGUACUUGAGUCAAUAUUGCAGUCAUGGUUGGUGGUUUCUCGAAAAAAAGAAGGUAUGGAGAGGAAGGAUGUGAUGUCUAAGAAUGUCUGUAUUUACAAGUUUCAGGAUUCUGAACUUGAAAAGCAUGAUGCUGCCAAAUGCAAGGUCAUUGCCAAUUACUUGAUAUAG